AAGCAAGAUUGGCUAAUAAUAUUGAGUUAUCUGAUAUCCCACCUAAUUUCCUCCUGUUAGUAAAUAAAAAAAUAAUUAAAAUAGAAGAGCAUGUUGAUGCCAAUUCCCAUCCUGAUAAUGCAAAAAAUAAACAUUUAUGGGUUGCUCUUGGUCGCUGGUUGGGAAUAGAGGAACCAGUUAUAAGAAGAGAUAUGCAUCAUCACCUUCAGUCUAAAUGGAUAGAUCUUAAAUAUACUGUUAAUAUUCAAAAUAAUGAAUCACGGAACAUUUUAAGAAUAAUCUCAUAUAUUUCUCGAAAAGAGAAAGCCCAGUGUAUUACGGAUGUAGAAGGUAGAACCUUAGUACACUUGGUAUUACUAAAUAAUCCAAGAGCAGUUAUGCAAGCAACGGAUGCCGUAAACCAUUAUUAUUUCUAUACCCUAAAUAACUCUUCCCACCGUAGUGACGAAUUCUGGAAAAAUUUUAUAGAAUAUUUUGGUGCAUAUACACAAAAUAACCUCCUCCUAUUUACUAGUUCAAAUACCACAAGCUUCUAUAAUAUCACACAUCAAGAAUGUAUUAACCUUGGCCCAUUAUCAACCUCUGUUAAUGAAUUUGUACAAGAAUUCUAUGGAAAUUUAUAUAAAAAACUAGAGAAGUUGGUGUGGGGACCUUUUGCAUCUCAACUUUUUGGAAUCUUCCCAAUAAUCACUAUUAAUUACAAUAUAACUAGCGAUUACUAUUGGGACGAACAUGAUGAACCAAAUAGUUUGAUUGUUGUACCGUUUAGGCCUAGACAAGUUGUAGCAUUUUCCUUGUGUCUUUUACUCUAUGGUAAUUUUCCACUUACAAAAAGUAUUCAUCAUAGUAUUGUAUACUUUGUACAUGAUAUCUUUUUUCAUAAUAUACGAAAAUUCGAUGACAUAUAUAAUGAUUUGAAGGAUAGGAUUGAGAGAAAUGCUAAUGGGGAUAAUGUUAUUUUCAUUAAACGUCAAAAUCUUAACAAUGCUCAAGGACUAAAUUUCCGAACUAUGUUUUUUAAACCAAAAAAAAGACAAAUAACAAUUCCUUCUUCAUCAAUGGAUUGUAGAAGAGGUCAUAUUUCUUUGGUACAUGCUAGACAUAGGUUAAGAACAGAAGAUCCACUUCCAGAUUUAUAG